CGCUAUUCAAAAUGGCACCGUCUCAAUCAGGAAGUGGAGAAAACAACUAAGAAGAAUAAGUUGGAUAAAAUUCCUUAUUUCUGUUACUUUGACGCGAGUCUUCGUUCAAAAGUCGCCCGUUUGCCCGGGGUUUGGAUUGAGAAUAAGUAACACGUUCACGGUCAUGGAGAGCAUUUGCCCUUGUUAGAAGUACGAUCUCGGACACAGCCAGCACGUGGGUAGCGGUUGGAGGGUGCAUAGCCUAAGUCAGCUGGUGGUCAUGUGUGAAGCUGCGGUCUGAUGCCCAUCCUCCCCUCAGCGCUGGCCAUGGACGGGGAGAACUACCUGCAUCCAGAAGGCCCUCAGCUGGACAGCAGCUUGUUCUCUGUGACCCCUAACAUGCAGAGUUCAAUAUACGCCUCCUCUGGUUCCUGGGGACCCUACCCUCAGCAGGCUGGUUACAGCAUACACUGCCCUAUGCAAUCUGGAAACCAGCAAUACCACUUGAACAGCAGCACUACCACCACCACUCCGGAUGUGCACAUGGACAUUUACCCUGGAUUCCAGGAUAUGGACUUUUCCAACCUCAACCUCCCUAGGAAUGGAGAUUUCCCCCAGGACCUGUCCUGCAUUGAUGACCUCUCCACAAACUCUCUGUUCUCCUCUCCGGCUGACUCACUGUCGGAGUAUGCUGAUGCCCAGUCCUUCAUCAGCACAGACAACCUGGACACAGUGCCCACCCUCUGGGACAUCAACACUAGUACUACCAACACACCAGCACAGAGCCAGGUAGAGCUGAAUGGCACCGGCAGGUUUCAUGGCUUGGCCAGUUUGGAUGAUAUAACUGCUAUUAUCAGCACCCCACCUUUAGGAGGAUUUCAGGCUCCGAGAGCCCAGCCGCCACCAGAGGAGGAAGAGGAGGCUGAGGAAGAGGAGACUGAGGAACUGGGACAUGUAGACACAUAUGCUGAGUACAAACCUUCCAAAUCUACUAUAGGAAUUUCUCAUCCUGACAUAGUGGUGGAAACCAACACGCUAUCCAGUGUCCCUCCACCUGACAUCACAUACACUCUGUCUAUCCCUGAGACAACUAUUUCCUCUGGCCUGCUGUCCGCUCUGCAGCUAGAGGCCAUUAUCUACGCCUGCCAGCAACACGAGGUUAUCCUUCAAAACAACCAGAGGGCAGGCUUCCUGAUCGGAGAUGGGGCUGGGGUCGGAAAGGGACGCACUGUGGCAGGAAUCAUCCUGGAGAACUACCUUAAGGGAAGGAAGAAAUCACUAUGGUUCAGCAUAUCCAAUGACCUGAAAUUUGAUGCAGAGAGAGAUCUCAAAGACAUAGAUGCACCGUAUAUUCCUGUGCAUGCCUUAAACAAGAUCAAGUAUGGAGACACAGCUACCUCAGAAGGAGUCCUGUUUGCAACUUACUCUGCGCUUAUUGGAGAGAGCCAGGCAGGAGGGCAGCACCGGACGAGAAUUAAACAGAUCUUAGAUUGGUGCAAGCCAGACUUUGAUGGAGUUAUUAUUUUUGAUGAAUGCCACAAAGCCAAGAAUGCCACAUCUACAAAGAUGGGCAAGGCAGUGCUUGACCUGCAAAACAAGCUGCCACGGGCCAGAGUGGUGUAUGCCAGUGCCACAGGUGCCUCUGAGCCAAAGAACAUGAUCUACAUGAGCCGCCUGGGAAUCUGGGGUGAGGGCACACCCUUCAGAAUCUUUGAUGACUUCCUGCACGCCAUCGAGAAGAGAGGUGUUGGUGCCAUGGAGAUUGUUGCCAUGGACAUGAAAGUGAGCGGGAUGUACAUCGCCAGGCAGCUGAGCUUCUCAGGGGUGUCUUUCCGCAUUGAAGAGAUUGGACUGGACAGUGACUUCAAACUGGUCUAUAACAAAGCUGCCAAACUGUGGGCGGAAGCAUUGCAGGUGUUCAUGCGUGCAGCUGAUGAGCUGUGCCUGGUCAGCAGGAAGUCUCUGUGGGGGCAAUUCUGGUCGUCUCACCAGCGCUUCUUCAAAUACCUCUGUAUCGCUGCCAAGGUCCGAUGUCUGGUGGAGCUGGCCCAAAAAGAGCUGAAGGCCGGAAAGUGCAUCGUUAUUGGGCUGCAGUCUACCGGGGAGUCCCGCACCAGAGAAGUCCUGGAUGAGAAUGAUGGGCAUCUUGACAGAUUUGUUUCUGCAGCAGAGGGAGUAUUCCAGUCUCUGGUAACAAAACAUUUCCCAUCAGAGAAACAGAGGAGGGAGAAGGCACCAGGAAAUAAGAGAAAACGGAAGCCUAGAGGUCGCCAGACCAAGGUACCCAAGCACACAGUUGACAGCGGCGGUGUGAUCAACAUCAGCGAUGACAGCAGUAGUGACUCUGAUGGCAUGGACACAGACUCCAACUCCUCACCAGACUCCCUGUUAGACAAUGACGAUGUCAUCUUUGUGAACCACACUAGCUGCCAGACAGCCAGGAUAGAGGAGAUGAAGCAGGGGCUCCUCAACAAGAUAUCCGUACUAGGAAAAGAACUACCUCUCAACACCUUGGACGAGCUCAUCGAUAAGUUUGGAGGACCAGAUAAAGUCUCAGAGAUGACUGGUCGUAAGGGUCGUGUGGUACGCCGUCUCGACGGCAGCGUCCGUUACGAAUCACGGGCUGAACAGGGUCUUACCAUUGACCACAUAAACAUCAAGGAGAAAGAUCGCUUCAUGAGUGGAGAGAAGUUGGUGGCCAUCAUCUCAGAGGCAGCCAGCUCUGGGAUUUCCCUGCAGGCGGACAAGCGAGUGAAAAACCAAAGGCGCAGGGUCCACAUGACCUUGGAGCUGCCUUGGAGUGCAGACAGGGCCAUCCAGCAAUUUGGUCGCACCCAUCGGUCCAAUCAGGUGACAGCCCCAGAGUACAUUUUCCUCAUCUCUGAGUUGGCUGGGGAGAGACGUUUUGCCUCCAUUGUGGCUAAGAGACUAGAGAGCCUGGGUGCAUUAACCCAUGGAGACAGAAGAGCCACAGAAACUAGAGACCUGAGCAAGUACAAUUUUGAGAAUAAGUAUGGUACCAAGGCUCUAGAUAAAAUCACCAAAGCAAUCCUUGGCCACAUAGAGAACAAGGUGCCCCCUCCCAAAGGCUACCCUGCGGGUGACGCCAUGUUUUUCAGAGACAUGAAACUUGGAAUGAUAGAUGUGGGCAUCUUUUGUAAGGAGUCUCGCUUUGGGAUCAGUACUGAGAAAGACUGCAGCAUCACAAAGUUCUUAAAUCGCAUCCUGGGGCUGGAGGUCCACAAGCAGAACUAUCUCUUCCAGUACUUCACUGACAACUUUGACUACCUAAUCGAGAAGGAUAAGAAGGAGGGCAAAUACGACAUGGGAAUCCUAGACCUUGCCCCGGGUAACGAUGAGAUCUAUGAGGAGAAGCAGGAAACUUUCUUGACAGCUGGAAACCCUCAGGAUGGACAGGUUGUUCUCUAUAAGAUCAGUGUGGACAGAGGUAUGCCCUGGGAUGAGGCCCUCAACAGGUCACUGAAGCUCAGCGGUCCUGAUGAGGGAUUCUAUCUGUCCCUGAAGCUGCGAGGUAACAGCCCGUGUGUGCUGCUAGCUGAGCAAGGACGAGGCAAGCACCUCAUAGUCUACAAGCCUAACAUUGGCAAGCAGGCCCACCCUGAGAGCCUGGAGAACCUGCAGCAACGUUACCGGAAGGUGACUCCAGAGGAAGCCAGGGAAAUCUGGGAAAACCAGUUCACCUUCUCCUUCAAGAAGUGUAGCCAUGCCAACUGGAAUGGGAAGUGUAAGAAAAUUGAGGAAGGCCAGGAGUGUCUGCAGGGCAUGCGCCUCCGUCAGUACCACAUGUUGUGUGGUGCUCUUUUGCGUGUGUGGAAGCGCGUAUCCGACGUGGUGUCUGACAUCACCAACACCAGCAUCCUGCAGAUCGUCCGCCUUAAAACCAAGCAGCAUAACAAGCAAGUCGGUAUCAAGAUCCCAGAGAACUGUGUGGCACGCGUGCGCGAGGAGCUGUUGCUAAUGGACGAGGAGGUGAAGAGGAGACGAAAGGAGAGGGAGCAGCAGGCUGCGGAGCAGCGACUGGCUGAGGAACAUAUGCGUAAGAUGGAGCAGGAGAACAAACACCUCCUGGAAAAUCUGUUCAACCAGAAACCCAUGCUCAACCGGUCCCUCGCUCACCCCCACCAGUCUCUCACCCAGAAUCAGAUCCAAAACCCUCUACAGAGGACACAAACUGGUAACCUCUCUCAGCUACAGAGAAUACAAGCCCAACCCCAGCCCACUUUACAGCAGCCCUCCCAGAACUUAACCCUUUUGUCCUUGCAGAGAAAUCCCAGCCAAACCCAGCAAAGGACCCAUAACAGCUGGCCCAACAAUUCCACCUCCACCACCAACCAGGGCCCUCUGUCCAACAUGGUCAUCCCCACCUCCAGUUUGCCCCAGUUUUACUCCCCAUUUUUGUCCAAUUUUCAACAGCUGAAGAACCCGUCUCUUCCACACCAUCAGGCCGCGCUGCCUCCCAACUUGUCUUCCAAGAAUCCCCUGGAUGAAAUCUUGGACCUGACUGUGAGCUCGCCAUCCCCCUCCACAGACACCACAGAGGGUGGACAAAAUCUGGACAGUCUCACGAGACACUCAGCAGCAUUCGGAGACGACUUCAAUAUGUCUGUGGAGUCUCUGAUCUCUCAGAGUGCCCAGCACGCUGCACAACUACCGCAGCCUCCUUUGCUACAGCAGCAGCAGCAGCAGCAGCAGCAGCAGCAGCAGCAGCAACAUCUGGAGCCCAAUACCAACGACUUGUUAGAUUUGUUUACCCUGAUGACCGCGCAGAAAGACAGCCCUUCAUCCUCUACCUCCUCUGGCUCUUCCUCCACAUCCUCCACAUCCUCAACAACUUCUUUGUCAAACAACAUGGUUUCUCACACCCCCGCCGGCCUCCUGUCCAUCCCAACAUCGUCCUCUUCUCUCUUCUCCAGCCCGUCCUCGUCCUCUCUGUUUUCCAACUCUUCCUCUCACUUCCCUUCUCCCUACCCCCCCCUCCAGGGGUCAGACUCUCUUUCCUUACCCAACGACCACUGCAGCGCCUCCGCCCUUGACGUCCGCGAGGCUCUGAACAGCAUGCUACAAGCCGGACUGGACCGCAAAUCUGUCAUACAGUACCGGCAACAAGAGUAGGAGCUUAAACAGCAACAGCUCGUCUGGACUUUUUUCUUUCAGUGUUUUUUUUUUUUGUUGUUGUUGUUGUUGGUUGUUGGUCUUUUUAAAGCAGACUGUGUCUUGUUCGCUGCUGACUGUGAUCGCACCCUCGGACCUACUCCCUCUCCCCUCAGGGCCUAUAGUCACGUCACUGCCUGUCCUGCGCUCGGCUCACCCUUCCUCUAUCCACCUGUAGCGUUCACCUGCUUGAGGCUGUCGAGGUGAUAGCGGGCCCGAUCAAUAUCAGAUUUCUGCGCCAAAAAGUGCGUCCUCCACAGUGAAAGGCAGCUGUAAAACAAAAAAAUGAGAAGAAAACCCCCUCCACCAUGUGAUUAACUGUAUUUUAUUGAUCAUAUGAGCUGUCAAAACAAAAGCUCAUUCAUUGAGGUGUGGAAAAUCUUUAAUAAACCUCCCGCUGCUGAUUUUACGAGGUAUGACUGGUGAAGUUGCUGGAAGCUCUAAACGCCUUUCACCAGUUAAAAAAACGCAUCGUUAGACUUUGCUUUACUGUUACUUCGCUUCAUGGCUGUUUGUCUUGACUAAAACAAGGCUGUAUGCAAGGUUUGGUUUGAGUGAAACUAAAGAUAGUGUUGAACUGGAAGAUGAGGAAAAAAAAAAAAACCCAGAUAAAAUCUUUUAGCUGAAUAGCCAUGAAAUGCCUCAUUUUCUUUCUUUCUUUUUUUUCUUCUACAUGCUCCCUAUUGUUUCUCUCCCUGCUUGUAUGAACACUAGUGUGAGGAAAAAGGGAGAGGAAGAGCAGUCUGCUGUUGCAAACAGUGCCUUUGGAGAAAUCUAUAAAUGCAGUCUUUAAAAAUCCAUGUAGCCUAUGUAUAGAUUUGUACUCUUGAGCAUUGGUUUUAAUUUUAAUUUAAAUAGGGUAUAUUUGUAUUUGACUUUUAGACCCCUCAGUCAGUCAGUCAGUCAGUCACUCACUCAGUCAGUCAGUUGUUCGUGUUACACUAUGCUGGUGGUGGGUUUCAGGAAGAAGCCUCCAUUAAGCUCGUCUGUGCUCCUUUGAUUGUCUGUGUAGCUGCUCUUAACAGCAGUGGACUUUUUCUGUGUCCUGUCCCUGUGAAUACGACAACAUGCUACAAGGUCAGUUUGGCACAGAUUAUUGAGCAGCGUGGGUAAAAAUUGUGUCCAAAAAUGUUAUCAACACCCCUUCUUUCCCCCCCUUUUUUUUAAAGCUGACAAUAACAUUUAAUGAUGUGACUCCUGGUUUGAUUUGAUUUUGAAUUUCUCAGGAAAGUCUCGAGUGCGUUUUUAUUUUCUUUUUCUGUCAUCUUGACCAACACAGAUAUGACAUUUAGUUUUAAGUCUUUAUUUACAGCAGAUAACAGAGGAUUUCAAGUUUUUAUUGUCAUGAGGUCUGAAAAGAACAUCCUGUUUUUAACUUUGAUAAGAGCAGUUAGUCAUGAAGUGUGUUUCCAUUUCAGACGUCAAGACUAUAAAAACAUUUUAAACGUGUAGACUGUGUGUGAUAGUACAUAUUUAAAAAAAACCUGUGAGAUCUGGCCAUCUUUGUAUGAAAAGGAUGCACUGUUGUUGGUUCACGACGAAAUGCCGGGAUAAGUUCAAGUGAUUAAAAAGCAAUAAAACCAUAUUCUACAUUUGUUAUGAAACAUAAAUGCCUAAGUACUGUUUACGCUCAAAAGGCAAAGCUUUGUGGUUACCUUUGCAUGGUAUGAAUCUUCUUAUUUCUGUUGUGCUUCAUAGUCUUUUAGUUAAACAGAUUCUGAAAUGCAUACAACCUUUGUAUAGUACGUUUUCACGGGAUGAACGCAAUGCGUUCUUGAUGUUUUAGUCAUCGUUAUUAUAAAAGUUAUUGUUAUUUAUAUUUAAGGGAUAUUUAGAUUUUAGAUAUGUUAUCCUGCUUAUUAGAGUAGUUAACGAAAAUGUUUGGUCAGGGAAGUUUCUAGUUUUCAAGAUUACUAUAAAACAAAUUCUAUUAUAACCUGCCACCAAAUAAGAUUGCACUGUUCUGUACUGCUGUACAGUGUCUGGAUUUAUUUCUGCUCAUUUCAGUUUUGCUUUUCUCAAGUAGAAUUGUUUCUCCAACUUGUAGACCUUUGCCGGGCCUUCAUUUUGCAGAGAGAUACCAAAGUGUUCCACAGACUCCCCUAAAGUUACUGGCUCUAAGAUAUCAGAACUUUUAUCAAUCUCAGGAAGAAACCUACAAGAGGUGUAACCGUGGGGCGUUAGCAGAAAUAUAUCAUUUCCCCUUAUAACAGUGGUGAAACUAACCAAUACAUGUGCUAUUUUUUUUCUUAACUCUGUGCUGUGACUCUUGCUGUAUUUAUGUUUUAGACUUAAUGUGAUGGGUUUGUCGUUUGUCCUUGUGAACAUGUCAGUGAUUUUAAAUGUUUAUGCCUUCUUAGGACAAAGAUCAAAGGCUGUUUCUUUUUAAGGAACAUUAUUUUUCUGUGGACAGUUUUAUUUUCAUUUGUGUUGCAGUUUCUGGAAAUUUAAUUCAUGUCAAAGCUGACAGGUUUUUCAGUCGUUUCGCACCUGAGUUAUACUGAAAUGUGCAAUUGAUCUGUCCAAGCCUUUACCCCUCCCUCAGUGUAACACAUGUUGAGGUUUAGACUGACUCACAGUAUCCCACAUUCUUGUUAAGGCUUCUCUUUUUAAAUUUGCAGCAUCUUGCUAUAGCAUGUUUUUUUUCUCGUACCCUCAUUAAUUUUGCUUUUAAUAUUCCACAUCAGGCACAUUCCGAGACAUCAGUCUGCAAAAGAUCUGCCUUCGAUUUUGUGUUUUCUAGUCACACAAAUAAAGCUUUAUGAAAUUGAGGGGUAUGGACCGCAUACCGCAUUUUUAGGAGCAAAACCUUUUUUUCUUUUUCUUUUUAAAGAAUUCUUCAUUAGUGUCGUUAGGCCUUUUAUCAUUAUAUUAUCAUUUUGCACUAAGAAUGGCAUAAUCAAGUUACUGUUCUCUUGUUGGUUAUGAUUGAGCGUUGCAAGCUUGUUGUGUUUCUGAUCUUUGAUGGAUAGCUCUGUGUAAACUGUAACCAUCUUUCUUGUUUCUCCACCAUUUGCAUAUUAUAUGUUAUCAAAGUUAUCACGUUCAAAUAAUUUAUUGCUAACAAAAAAUGAAACAAAAAACAUGCUACUGAUUGUAUGUAUUUUUAAACAAAGCCUAUUUUUUCUGUAAAAAAAGAAACUGUGUUCAGCACUUUUAUUCUGGGUUGUGCUUUUGUUUUCUAUAUAUUUAUAAUUUAGAUCCAAAUGUAUAUAUUGUAAAAUUUGUGCCUUUCGACUAAUUCUUUAAAAAGGUUUUCUACUCAUUUAAGGAAGGACUAUAUGAAAUUGCAAUCUUAACUUUGUAAACAAAUAAAAACUUGAAGAUUGCUGAAA